UCCCGCUGCCCCGGCACACCUGCCCUGCCCGGGGGGAGCCGGAGGUGUCCCCCCGCUUUGGGGGCUGUCUCCCCGUUUUGGGGGAUGUCCCCCCGCUUUGGGGGAUGCUCCGCCCGCCUCCCGGUCACAGCGAGCGGGGCCCGGCCGGGUUUGUCCCUCGCUCCCGGCUCCGGUUCGCCGUGACCCCGCGCUCUCCCGGCCGGGCUGCGAGCUGACACCUUCCCCGCAGCCGGGCCCGGGGCUGCCGGGUGUUUACGCGGCCGCAAUUGGGAGCUGAGACUUGACACUGGCCAGAGGCCCUGCUGGGGAUGUGUGUAAACAAUAAUAAAUCAAGCGCUGGUUUUAUCCCCGAGUCUUGCUGAGCCGCGUGUCCCACCUCUCAUGGAGCAGCCCUUGGCUUUCCUUCGCUCCCACCACGCCGGAGUUGGUCAAUUAACAAUAUAACAAUAUGAGUAGUUAGCAUAUUCUUGUGAUAAUUCUCUGUAUAGCUUAUGGCUAUUUUUAAAAUAUAUAAUUUAUUAAAUAUUUUCUUAAAUGGUGAUAUGUAGUGGAAUUUUGUAGACAGGUCGCAGUAUUGGUUUAUUUUUUUAAUCUGCUGCUGCUGAAGUUUUAGUCUCUUUUUGCAGUUUUGUCUGAGUAAAUGGUGUGGUUUAGGGAGGGAGAAUCCCAGAAUUAUUUGAAUUGGAAGAGACCUAAAAACUCAUCUUGUUCCAGCCCCCUGCCAUGGGCAGGGACACCUUCCAAAAUCCAGGUUGCUCCAAGCCCUAAUAUCCAACCUGGUGUUGGACACUUCCAGGGAUGGGGCAAAUAAUUUAUUAGGGGAGUAAAUAAUUGGGCAGUAAAUAAUUUAUUCCUAAUACAAGACACUAUAUCUGGUAUGGAACCCUUAAAAGUAAAUGAAUUGCUGGUUUGUUGGCUUUUUUUUUUUUUUCCCACUUGCACUUGAGUGCUGCCAGGCAAGAUUCAUUUUUUUGUCCUUGCCCCUCUCUGGAAUAGGUUGUGAGCAUUCCCUUAAACAGAUCCCAGGAACAGGGAGCAUGGCAUUGUGUUCUGGAUGUUGGAAAACACUUGGGCCAAAAUCCUGUGGAGGAAAGCAAGAGGCUGUUUCUGUCUUCCACCUUGUACAUAAGUGGGAUCUCUGUGCUGGAACAAGAUAAUGUCUUCAACUCAUUGAAGGAAAGGGACUAUUUGUUCACACUUAUGAUGAUUUGACACAAUUAAUGUCUCAAUAACCAUGAUGGCAACACAGACAUUAAGUAUAGACAACUAUCAAGAUGGACAACAGAUGCAAGUGGUAACAGAGUUAAAAACUGAACAAGAUCCCAACUGCUCUGAAACUGAUGCCGAAGGGGUGAGUCCUGCCCCUGUAGAAUCUCAGACUCCAAUGGAUGCAGACAAGCAGGCCAUUUACAGGCACCCACUAUUUCCCUUGUUAGCACUAUUAUUUGAAAAAUGUGAACAAUCUACACAAGGCUCAGAAGGCACAACUUCUGCCAGUUUUGAUGUAGAUAUUGAAAACUUCGUGAGGAAGCAGGAGAAGGAAGGAAAACCCUUUUUCUGUGAAGAUCCAGAAACUGAUACUUUGAUGGUAAAAGCAAUCCAAGUUCUUCGUAUCCAUCUGCUGGAGCUGGAAAAGGUCAAUGAACUCUGCAAGGAUUUCUGCAGUCGUUACAUUGCCUGCCUGAAGACAAAAAUGAACAGUGAAACUCUAUUAAGUGGAGAGCCUGGAAGUCCUUAUUCACCUGUGCAAUCUCAGCAAAUUCCAAGUGCCAUUGCAGGCACACUCAGUCCCCAAGGGAUCGUGGUGCCAGCAUCAGCAUUGCAGCAGGGAAAUGUAACUAUGGCAACAGUAGCAGGGGGGACAGUGUAUCAGCCAGUCACUGUGGUCACUCCACAAGGACAGGUGGUGACACAGGCACUGUCACCUGGCACUAUUCGCAUCCAGAACUCUCAGCUCCAGUUGCAAUUAAACCAAGAUCUAGGCAUCUUGCAUCAAGAUGAUGGCUCAUCAAAAAACAAGAGAGGAGUUCUUCCCAAGCACGCUACAAAUGUGAUGAGAUCUUGGCUUUUUCAGCACAUAGGGCAUCCAUAUCCAACAGAGGAUGAGAAGAAGCAGAUUGCAGCACAAACAAAUCUGACACUACUCCAGGUUAACAAUUGGUUUAUCAAUGCUAGAAGGCGAAUUCUUCAGCCAAUGCUGGAUUCCAGUUGUUCUGAAACUCCGAAAACAAAGAAGAAAACAGCCCAGAACCGACCAGUGCAGAGGUUCUGGCCUGACUCCAUUGCCUCAGGAGUUGCUCAGCAGCAAUCCAACGAGCUCACGAUGUCAGAUGGUGCUGUCGUGACCAUCACAGCCCCAGUGAACAUGAACGUGGACAGUCUGCAGUCCUUGUCCUCGGACGGCGCCACGCUGGCGGUGCAGCAGGUGAUGAUGGCCGGGCAGAGCGAGGACGAGUCCGUGGACAGCGGCGACGACGACGGCGGCGACCUCUCGACGGCCAACAUCGGCGGGCUGGUCCUGGACAACAGCGACUCUCUGCAGUAGGAGCCAGAGAGCCUGGAGGGGAGAAACACUUAGGAAAAAGAAUGGACUGACUGACUGACUUUUUACAGUUUGCACAGCAAACAUUUUACACAAGUUUUAUUUCUAAUAUGUUUUAUAUGUAGAUAUAGAAGGGUGCACUUUUUUGUAUUUCAUAGUAAGCUUAAAGAGUGUUUUUGCAGGUGCAGCAACUUCUUUCAAAUGUGUUUUGGUUUGGUUUUUUUUUGUUUAUUUUCCUUUCCUUAUUUCAAAAAAUUAUAUCUAGUAAUAUAAAGAACCACGUAAGCACCCCUUUGUUCUCUGAAUUGGAAGUGCUGCAGUUUCUGAUGAAUUAUGCAGUUUCAAUUAGUGCUGUUAUUUAACACAGCUUUUGAUGGGCAGGUGAUGUAAAUUUAAAGCAUGUGACACUAGUGUGUGAAACUUGAUUAUUGAGUUAGAUGCAUAUAUUUGAAAGAUGCUUCUGCACCUUAAAAACUGCUAGUCUGAGGUGGACAGCAACACACAUAAAAAGGAACUGUUGAUGUGUGAUUCAGUAGAGAAUGUAUGGCAAUUUAAAUAAGUUUAGUUUCUCUCAUAGUCUGUGAGCCUGUUUAUCAUUUGCUAUAAAAACUCCUAUUUUUACCUUGCUGGGGUUAUUGGAUAAAAAAAAAUAUUUUUAUAAAUUCACUAGAAAUUGGGAUGACAACUGUAUUAAGCAGGAGGAAAAAAAAUAAUUUCCAGAGGGGAAAAAUAAAUGUUUAGUAUUCCUAUUUGGAAGGUCUGAAAAUUGACCCAAUUUAAUAAACAAGCCUACACUAGCAUUCUAUGAUUCUCAGCUAUCCCACAGUGAUAUACUAUAUUUGAUAAUAGCAUAAGAAGGGCCCACUGUUUGAUGGGAUUUUGAUAUUGUCAAACAUUGAUUUAUAUUAUGUGUAAACUAAUAUUCAAAUUGCAUAACUCUGUAUCUAGACUUGUAUCUGAAAAUAUUUGCUAAAUGAAUAUUCAGGUAAGUAAGUUCAAAUACCCACAACUUUUCCAAUUAUUAGAGAAAUUUAACAGUUUAUAGUUUGUACAACUGAAUCUAAAAAAAUGAAAAAUUGCCUACUAUACAGUCAUGAAUUCUGCUAUUUUAUUGCAUUUGAAAUAUUUUCCCCUAAUACAAAAAGAAAAAUAUAACAUGGAUUUAUAUAAAAUUUCUCCAGAUCUGAAGUUUACUACCAGAAUAUACAGCAGGCUUUGUUAGAGUAGGAGAUCCUUGUGUGUCAUUUAAAAAACGAAGAGCUGGUGAUAAAAACAGCUGGGUUUUGGUUUGGUUUUGGUUUGGGAAUUUUUUUUUUUUUUUUUUUGUUGUGGUAACAGUUCAUUUCUUUCAUUUUCCCAAAGUUUGAAGUCUGUGAUUGUCUAUCCAUGAACAUUUGCUUUUGGAACUUUGUAUUUCCCAUUGUUGAGUACAAAUAAGAGACUCAAGAGCCUCAUGCUAUGAUCAACUCC